AUGUACCUAAUAAUAUCUUUUUUUUUCAGCUUUUUCAACUCUCAACCCAUUCACCCAAUUGAGGACGGACACGGAAAAUUUGAUGGAGAAGGAGCGUUCCCCGCCGAUGAUCUGAGGGACGAAGAGAAAAGGAUUAAUCGCCCAAAUCACAUCGAAAUCCCGAACUCGUUCCUCGGCACCGAGGCCACCGCCGAAAAGGCUCUCUCAUACGAUACCAACAUCGCUAUCGAUGAGUUCUGUGCCCGCGUGAAAGAAUACCACGAGAAAGAUGACACCGUUUUUCACGAUGAGUUUGAGGUACUAAAUCGUCAAUCGGGAUGGGGCGGUGUGGAAAGAAUUCAGUCAAUCAGCGGCGAUUCGGAAGAAAACGCGAAAAGGAAUCGUUUUCUCGAUGUUCUCCCGUUCGAAGCAAACCGGGUGAAGCUCUCGAAAAAGGGACAAGAUUACAUAAACGCGAGCUAUGUUGAUAGCUACAAUCACCCGAAAUUCUUCAUCGCCACUCAGGGCCCACUCGGAGAGGCGGAAGUAAGUGUAACUUCUGGCCGUCGCGUGGCCACAGUAGAUGAUUUUUGGGAAAUGGUAUGGGAAAAAGAUUGUCAAACAAUAAUCAUGUUGACACAAUGUAUCGAGAAUUGUCGACCAAAAUGUGCUCAAUAUUGGCCGUCAAAUGUGGGCGAAACAUCGAAAUAUCGGGGAAUUGAAGUGGAUUUAAUGUCAACAACCGAUGAUCCAAUCUGUUUACAUCGUGAGUUCGAUGUUCGAAUGGGAUCUGCUAUAAAAGAGAUCUCUCAAUUCCAUUUCAAAGAGUGGGAGGACUCAAAAGCUCCGGAAAGUCGCGAACACUUGUUAGACUUUGUGGAAAGAAUUCGGAAAACGAGGAAUAAAGGGCCCAUUCUGGUGCAUUGCAGUGCUGGUGUUGGCCGAACGGGUGUCUUCAUCGCUCUUUACAAUCUCCUCUGUCAACUUGCCGAUCCGGCUGUCACACACGUCGAUGUAUUCAAAACGGUUUCGAAAUUGAGAGAGCAACGCGUUCGCAUGGUGCAAACUCCGGAACAAUACGUGACUCUUUAUGACACUCUUGAGGCAGCCAUUCAAGCACAAAAAAUCGUUGGAGAGGAAGUGAGGACGAGAAAACGGGGAUCAAUGCAUGAUUCAGAGACACAGUCCGAGAAUGAAUCAGUCGAGAAUUUAAGAGUC